AUGAACUACCAGAAUCAGCUGAAGAGGAUCACCGACCACGGCAUGACAGAAGCUGACGGAAAACGGACAAAAUAUACCAUAUUUGGGCACGAAUUCGUUCUAAAGGAUCAGAUUUCAGAUGUGGCUGGUUUCGUGAAAACUGUGAAAAGCGUCGUUGACGAGGCUGUCAAGGUAUCUCCAGAGGCGUCCCUCGCCUGGGCUGGCGUCUGUGUUCUCCUCCCGGUCUUCACAAAUCCAAGCGUGGCAGAGGAAGCCAAUCGCAAUGGGCUGUCAUACGUGACCUCUCGCCUCCGCUACUAUGUCGAGCUCGAACCUCUGCUGUUGCCAGAAAACAUCGAAAGCAAGGAAUUAAGGGGAGAGUUCGAGAGGCAUGUCGUCGACCUCUACCAGAAGAUCCUCCAGUUCCAGAUCAAGACAGUCUUACGAUUCUACCGAGGUUGGCUGGCUAAUAUAAGUCGAGAUGUGAUCGGCUCUGACGAUUGGGAAGGGAUGGUUUCCAAAAUCAAGGAUCUGGAACAAACUGUGCGGGACGAAUCAAACACCAUGAAUACCAUUGCUUCGCGGGAAAGACUAGGUGACAUUCACAAUGCGGCACAACAACACGAUAAGAAGCUACAGUCAUUGUUGGCGGUCGCAGAGGAGCACCUACUAGUCUCAAAGGAGCACAGAGAAAUUUCUUCCGGGCAACUUUCUGAGCAUAAACAAACGAAGUAUGUUUCCGAACCUCAUAAACUCGUUGUUCAACAGACUAACAAUCUUCCUGUUGUUCAUGAAGCACGCUACGACAGCGCCGACGUGCAGGACAGCCCGAAGUGUUACGACGGUACUCGUAUCAGCAUCAGAGACAAGAUCAAUCAUUGGGCAGACGAAGACUCGCAAGAAACCCUACUCUGGCUUGUUGGCCCCGCGGGAACUGGAAAAUCUACUCUUGCGCGCACUGUCGCCGACUUUUUUGCCAAGAAAUCGCAACUAGUGGCUGCAUACUUUUUCAAGAGAGGACAACAGAGCCGCAACGACACCAGUCGGAUUUUCCCCACCCUUGCCGUCCAAAUGAUGGAAACCAUUCCCUCAUUCAAAGGCUGCCUGGUGAAACACUUAGACGGCUUGAGCAAAGAUGCGGUAGAGAAAAAGGCUCUGGAAUUCCAAUUCGACAAACUUUUACGGCAUCCCUUGGCAGACCUACCUCAUACCCACACAAAGCAGUUGCCUAUGAUAAUUAUCAUCGACGCUUUGGAUGAAUGUGAGCGGCCUGAACAUCUUGCGGAAAUACUAGGCCUCUUAUCCGAGCUUCGAAUCAUCCCUCAGGUGCGCUUGCGCGUGAUCUUAACGAGCAGAUCUGCACCCAGCAUCGGGAACGCCUUUGAUCCGCUGCUGACGAACAACACUGCCCGACGCCUCGAGAUCCACCGAGAAUUCCUUCAAGACACUAAGAAAGACAUCCGAAUCUUCUUGGAAACCAACUUUACACAAAUCAGACUCGCGCGAAAGGUCAACCAAAACCCCUGGCCGUCAGCUGAGGACAUGGACCGUCUGGUCCAGUUGGCUACCAGCCCUGAACCCUUGUUCAUAUAUGCUGCGACUCUUUGCCGGUUUGUCUAUGACCAGAAGCAACCCAGAAAUCCUAAAAGACAGUUGGAUAAAUGGCUUGUGCAGUGUGAAGACGGAAAAUCCCAGUUGGAUCAGAUCUACAGCCCGAUUCUCGCCCAGGUAUUCGCCGAUCACAAUAAUGCGGAAUCUGAACAACAGCUGCAGUUCCUGGGGGCCCUUGUCCUCCUCGUGAAUCCAAUCUCGGCCUUCUCACUUGCGGCUGUUCUUGGAAUAGACACGGAUGACAUCACCUGGUGGCUUUCUGAGCUACAUGAAGUGUUGGACAUCCCUUCUGAUUCUGAAAGACCCCUUAGACUUCUGCACAAGUCAUUCAGCGAUUUUCUACUCGACUCGGAUACUUGCAGUGCUAGCCCCUACCGAGUGGACGUCGCGAAAACACAUAGUCUGUUGGCGGAAAAGUGCGUACAGCGAAUGGAAGCAGGAUUGAGACAAGACAUCUGUGAUGUCGGAGAGCUUGACGCGACAAUCGACGAAGUUCCCGAAGAGCGAAUGCACCGCUGCAUACCUGAAGACCUCGAAUACGCCUGCCUUCAUUGGGUCUAUCACCUAAAGAGCAGUGGACAACCUCCUAGCACCGACGUCCUCAUCUUUCUCAAUGAGCACUUCCUUCACUGGCUAGAAGCUUUGUCGCUUCUAGGGCGGCUCUCGGACGGAGCGCUCGCCAUCGGAGGCUUGCUUGAAUUCAUCAAGGAUUUCCCUGGCACGCCCUCGGAAUUUGUUGAUCUUGUGAAGGAUGCCAGGAGCGUCAUUUCGAGUUUUGGGUCAAUAAUUGAGCGCGCUCCUCUCCAGACUUAUGGGACAUUGCUCUUCUUCACUCCAGUAGCCAGCAAAGUGCGCCAAAUGUUUUGGAAUCAACGCAUGCCGAGGUUGGACCCUAUCCAAGGGGUGAAGAUGGACUGGGAUGCCCACCUCCAGACCCUCGAAGGCCAUGACAACUUCAUCCUAGCAAUUGCAUUUUCACCAGACAGCCAAGUUAUCGCAUCAGGGUCAGGUGAUGCUACCGUCCGACUUUGGAGCGCAAACACCGGUGCUCACUUGCACACGCUUGAAGGCCAUAGCUCAGUUGUCAGCGCUGUCGUCUUCUUUGAUAACGAGACCCUAGCAUCAGGAUCAUAUGAUGGGACAAAAGGUUCUGCAUACUCUCGAUCAUCGGGCGAUCUUGUCCUCGCAUGCCUUAACGGUGACCUCGAUCUUCGAAUCUAUUGA